AUGGCGAUUCUGUUGCAGUGUCUUGCAAGGCCAAGGCCGGCCCUAUUCUCGCAUCAAUGGCCAGUGCUGCUCCAGUUUCGAUGUUUCAGCUUCUUACAGCUCAAGCAGCACAUUGAUGUAGAUGAUCCGCCAAGACGGCUUGUGACGGACCUCGACUUCACAGUUCGAAAUGGUGAGCGCUGGGCCAUUCUUGGCCCGAAUGGCUCCGGAAAGAGUACCAUUGCUCACACCCUACUUGACCGCUGGGAAAAAGCAAAUGGUUCCACCGCGUAUGUUUCUUUCGAUUUGCAACGACAAGUGAUGCAGGACGAACGUCGGGACUUUUUGGAGAGCCGCUAUGAGUCUCGCCACUUGCGAGCCACCGUCUCAUCAUUCCUAUUCCCGGAGUGUUAUCCAGAAGAUCCUGACUACGAUCCCCGCACAUCCGGAUAUAGACCACCACGCACACGUGUCUCACCUCUUCCAGUGCCCUAUGAUGCCAACAGCUCUCACUACUUGUUGCAGAAGCUUGAGGCCGCCUCGAAUUCAGGCCAUGCCGCCCGGCUUUUGCACUUUUUCGGUCUCUGGCAGCUUCGACAUCGGCCACUCUUUGCGCUCUCCACGGGGGAGGGGCGCAAGCUUUUGAUGGUGGAUGCUCUUCUGAAGGAGCCAAGUCUCUUGAUCCUUGACGAAGCAUUUGAUGGUUUAGACAAGAACUCUCGCAUAGAGCUGGCCAGUAUGCUUGAGAGCUUUUUCGACGAUAGCCCGAGAGCUCUUGUGAUGAUCGUGCAUCGUCUGGAAGACCUCGUGCCACUUCCGACACACACACUUUUGCUCGGACGGGGAGCUGACAAUACUGGCUACAGUGUUGGACCCUGGUCUGAGAAGAAAGACGAGGUUCGUACUUUCCUUCAGGACUCCAGCUCGUUGGAUCUUCCGAGCUCACGGCUGGCGCAACCAGCCGAGACCGGUGAGCCCCUGGUGGAGUUCAAAGACGUCACUAUCGAGUAUGGCCCUGUAAAAGUCUUCGACCGCUUCAAUUGGACUGUUCGUGAAAGCGAAAAGUGGAUAGUGGUUGGUGGCAACGGCACUGGCAAGACAACUUUGUUUGAUCUCAUCAGUGGCGAAAAUGUGUUGGGCUACACCCAAGACCUUCACUUGUUUGGACGGCAGAAGGGCACUGGCGAAAGCAUCUGGGACAUCAAGAAGCAGUUGGGUUUGAUAUCGAGUGAACUUCACAUGGAGUACUUGAUCUACGCAGAUCCACGCUUUGACCGCAAAGUCACCGCCUGGGAGGUUGCUUGCUCUGGUCUAUUUGACAGUAUUGGAUUGUAUGCUGAUCCGACAGCAAUGCAGAUAGAGACGGUCCUGGAAUGGGUAGAUCGACUUGGUUUGCAAGACCUGGUUGUCCCACCGAAAGGUGACACCUUCUCUUCGCCUUACGGUGAGGGAGCUAUGUUCUCUGACCUCUCGCAUGGGCAACAGAAGCUGGUGCUCCUUUGCCGUGCAUUGGUGAAAUGCCCACGGCUUCUUUUGCUCGAUGAGCCAACUCAUGGGCUGUCUGGCCAAAAUCGACUGCUGCUGCUAAGCGCGUUGAGGAAGUUGGCGGAGACCAAUGUUGCUGUUGUGCUCAUCACUCAUCGAGAAGAGGAGAUUGAGGCCCUUGGUUAUCCCAAUGUCUUGCGACUCACCAAGGAGGCACACAGCCACGGAGCCGUCACAGUACGCCUGCCCGCGGCGGCGAGCCGUGCGGUGAGCCGUCUCAUGGGUCGACGGAUCGAAGAUUCACGGACCACGGACUUCCUCAUCGGCUCUCUCGCGCGUUUGGUCCUAGAGUCCACAAGUCCUCCUUGUCCCGAUGUGAUCAAAGACGCCAUGGGGGCGAAAUGCAGCGAAAUGGCGAUGGGCAAACCUUCCCAAGUGGAUACCCAACAGGCCUUCGAGUCAGAGGAUCAAGAGGAUGGCGAGGAGGAAGCCGAAGAGGAGGAUGAGGAGGAAGACGAAGAGAAUUCUGCCAAAGCGGAUGCUCAAGCAGCUCUACAGGGCGGGCUGGUGCGCGGCAAGACUGCUGCGUUCAAAGAGGCCAUUGAUUUUGCCCAAUCUGUUGGCAUCGAUGAAACCAUCAUCAUGAAGGCCGAAGCCAAGUUGCAGGAGCACAAGGUUGUGCGGGAUCGAGACGCAUUCGUGGAGGAUCUGCCCAAGUUUUUGAACUCUGAGGAUGCUGAGGAUUUGACCACAUGCCAGGAAAAACUGGAGCUGGGCAAAUCCCGAGGCGUCCCAGAGCAACAUUUGCAAAAGUUGCGGGACCAGAUUGAGUUUAUCAAGCUUGGCCGCGACUUAGAAGAUGAGGAGGUGGAGAAGGCCAAGCAGAUGACCGUGGAGUCCACCCGGCGCUUCGUGACCUCGUGCUUCGGAGGCCGCAGUCUCACGUACAUAGACGCUGCUGGUAAGCGGAUACAGGCGCUUUGCUAUUUGGACCCAGCUAUCAGAGAAGUGAAGGUGGUUGAGGCUGAAAGCCGAUCUCAGGUGUGCUGCAUCCCACUGAUGCGCGCGCAGGCAUGUGCAGGAGCACUUGCUGGCUUGGGAGACGACAGUGUCUCGUCCACUUUUUGGUGA